CUGCGGAAUCAAUUCAAUUUCAACAACCACCAUAUCGAAGACGGGUACAGCAUCGACCGGCCAAAAUGCGUACCUACGACGAUACUUUCAGCGCCACCAAGAUCUACCCGGGCAAGGGCAAACUCUACGUCCGUGGUGACAGCAAGAUCUUCCGAUUCCAAAAUGGCAAAACCGAAUCCUUGUUCCUUCAGCGCAAGAACCCUCGAAGAAUAGCCUGGACCAUGUUGUACCGAAGAAUGCACAAGAAGGGUAUUUCGGAGGAAGUCGCAAAGAAACGAACUCGCCGCACAGUCAAGCACCAGCGCGCCAUCGUCGGUGCCACUCUCGACGUGAUCAAGGAGCGCCGAGCACAACGUCCCGAAGCCCGUCAAGCUGCCCGUCAAGCCGCCAUCAAGGAAUCCAAGGAGAAGAAGGCCGCGCAGGAGAGCAAGAAGAAGGCUGAGAAGGCGAAGACCGCCGCCAAGACCGCGACCGGUCAGGUCCGUGGUGGUCUUGCAAGCAAGCAGCAGGCAAAGGGCAAGCCCGGGAAGGUGCAGGCUACGAGCCGAUAAACGGAGAGAUGAUGUUACUGGCGAUGGAAGUGGUCCGUUGAAAGCCAAGUGGUUUCUCAUGAUGGCCCAAUACACAUGCAGAGCAUCUAGUGGACGGUUGAUGACCUUUGACGGAGCGAAUGCAUGGGCAUCCGGAACGAAAUGCUGAAUGCAGAAGAGAUGAUGUCUCUGUGCAGGCUUCUAUGGCGUGGCUUCGGACGGCGAUUUCAAUGCUGAAGAGGCAUAGAACAUUGUUGAUUCGGUACAGGAUGGGAAUCAAUCAUCUUCCAAAGCAUUUUCAUUGCCUAUCUUCGACAUGCCUGCCGAUGUGCCCGCCAUUCUACUGUGCUUUGUUUGCGCUCUGCACGAUACUUUUCCAAGGGAUUGCCCAGGGGCAUGCAGUCGUGAUUUGUCUUUCAGGCAAAUGAUUCCAAGCAAAGCAGCCUUGUGGCCCAAGUGUUUGAUG